AUAAGAAAAUUUCAAACCAGCCAAAAAAAAAAAUUUCGGCUUCUGCUUCAAAAUUUGUUGUAAACAGAAUGCAACGUUCCUCAACGUCUUGGCCAAAUUAUAGAAACCAAUACUACAAUCCGGUCUACAAAAUUCGCGCAUUAAUACAAACACUGGAUGCUGAGUUGAGUGCACUCUCACAUCGUUGCCUAGUUUCGAAAGUUAACGCCUUGAAUUCACCCAAUCCCAAAGUGGAGUACAUACUCGGUCAUAGCGCCACUGGGGUGCCAUACAGGGCACUGCCGAAUACUCAAAAAAGUAUGGCUGUAUUGAGUGAUAUCCGGUCAAUGUCUCCCGCACAGACGCGCACCCUGUCCGGCAUCUAUCGAUCGCGUGUAAUUGAGGCGUUUCGCAAUAGACGCAUUUUUACCGUUUACGGUAAUUAUCAUACAAUACGACGCGCAUUGCUGAAUCGUGGUUGGGUGGAGAAAUUGGCACCAAAUCGCUAUGUGAAAUUACAGAGCUUGCCCGAGGAGGUGCUGCUACAACAUGCAAAGCAUGGCAACGACUAUGAAGCAGUAGCCAUUUCGAAAAUUAUCAGUCACUUUCCGGCUUUCUUUAUUUGGCAACCGAAGUCUUACCGUGACUUUCAUUCUGAUGUAUUUCCGCUACGAAAUCGCGUACGACGCGGACGCAAUUUGGACUUUUCCACAAAGGUUGGCUUAAUUGGUUGUGCCGAGCAGCACCAGUGGUUCCAUGAGAAGGGCGUAUGCGGCAUGAGUCAUCCGCGCUUUUAUCGUCUCGGUGGCAGCAUGGAAGAGCGCAUCGCAUUUAUAGAGGAUUUUCGUCAAACUCAAUGUCGCAGUUUGCUUAAAUUUAUAAUGGAAAAUAAGGAACGUCUGGCGGAGUUAGUCGACUCAGAGGAAGGUACAAUACCCAUAUCGGUGGUGCAUUUUGCUGUGACAAAUUUUAAAAAACAUUUCGAUGAAUUUGAACAUCGCACACUGGACGAUAAAGACGUAACGAAUGCAGAACGCGAAAAUGCUGAAUGGCAGACUUUUAUUAUGCAGUCAAACGAAGUCAUACGCAACAAUGCCAAAAUCAAAGCGACUGCAUCUUUGUUGGAGGAUGUGUCAAAACUUAGUCGCAUUUAUUUGUUUAAAAUGGAAGAGCGGCGUCCAGACUACAAAUGGGAUGGUUGCCGUAAUCUUUGGAUACUCAAGCCGGGCUAUCAAUGUCGCGGACUGGGCAUCAUCAUACGCAGUUCCAUCGAAGAGAUUUUACAAUGGGCAAUCAAUAAUCCACAAAGGCGAUAUAUCGCACAAAAGUAUUUGGAGCGUCCCCUCUUGAUACACAAGACCAAGUUUGACAUACGACAGUAUAUGCUCCUCUCCAUUGGCGAAUCGACACUCUCCAUUUGGUUGUAUAGGGAUUGUUAUCUACGCUUUAGCUCUCAGGAAUUCACCAUCAAUGAUCUGCGCGAAUCGAUACAUCUGACGAAUAAUUCCGUACAGAAACGUUACAAGAAUAAACCAAAUCGUGACGUACGUUUGCCGAAGAAUAAUAUGUGGUCCUUGGAACAGUUCAAAGUCUAUCUAAAACACUCGAAUGCGCCUGAAAAUAUAUGGGAAGACCGAAUUUAUCCCGGUUUCAAAGAGAAUCUUAUAGCUGUUGUGAUGUCAAGUUUAGAAGAGACGGAAUUUGUGGAAAAUUCGUUCGAAUUAUAUGGCUGUGAUUUGAUGUUAGACGAGGAAUACAAUCCAAUACUGAUCGAAAUCAAUUCAACACCAGAUAUGUCACCAUCGACUGGUGUGACUGCACGGAUUUGUCCGUUGGCUCUGAGGGAUUUGGUAAAAGUGAUUGUCGAUUUGCCGCGCAAUCCACUCGCACCUACUGGCAAUUUUGAGCGCGUUUAUGAAGUCAAUUACAAGAUCAAAAGAGAUUUCGAUCCCGAAGUUGGUUUAGAUCUUUGUGGUAAGUCGAUGACUCUGUUCAAGCCGACACCCACGCCGCCGAAGAGGAUAUCUCGAAGCCCGCUGAAAGUAAUUAGGAAAAUCGAACCUGUCAUUAAAGCGCCGCUAAAACGAUUAAGAGGACCACCACAGAAGUCUAAACCUCAAAUCGGCGGUGGUGCUACUGAACCUAAAAUGCUCAAAUCAGCCGCCAGAGAAGCGCUUGCCAUUCGCUACACUGCUCCGAAGUAAGAAAAUGACGAAAUUACUCAGUUCUAUAUCGAAUGUUCAAUAGUUUAAUAGGACGUUCACGUCAAUUUGUAACAAUUAAGAUCAAAUUAACUAAGUGGAACAAUAAUAAAAUUUGUACA